AUGAUUAUCGGUCAGACCGAAGAAUGCAAGGAUUCCGUCCGGGCUAUGAAAAAGCGAGCGCGCCAGAUCUGUAGUGUUCAGGCGAUCUCCAAAGAAGAACCGGUCAAUGCUGACCCCAUCACAUUCACAACCGAGGACGCCAAAGGAAUCCAGCAUCCUCAUAACGACCCCCUGGUCGUGGAAGUCACAAUGAGCGAGUUCGACGUGGAGCGAGUCCUAGUGGAUACCAGCAACACGGUCAACGUUCUAUUCUGGCAGAUGUUGGCGAAAAUGGGCAUGACACCGGAGCAAAUCAAACCAGAGUCCAGGACGCUGACCGGAUACGAUGGUGUGGCCAAAAUGUUAAUGGGCGACGUGAAGUUGCAAGUCCACGCUGGCGGAGUAACUCGCAAGACCAAGUUCGUGGUCAUAUACGCACCGCCAAUUUACAACGCCAUUUUGGGUUCACCUUGGAUCUACUUGAUGCAAGCAGUCCCUUCCACCUAUCACCUCUACGUUAAAUUUCCAACUGCUACUGAGAUUUAA